AGGGAAUGGGGGAGGAAAAGGAAGAGGCAGGUGUAGCGAUGCUGAUCCUGCCCCGGUGGGAGAAGGUGCGGCGGGAGCCCGAGGAGACAAAAGGAGGGAAAGCCGCGGACUGCGGCGCUUCGCACACGUGAAUUUUCUGCAAUACGCUCGUUUUCAUUAAACUUUGCAUAUACUUCAUGCACAUGGUGAUGGGGAGCGCUGGGAAGGGCGGGUGGCGCCGACUCUCCCAGCCGGUGUGUUACUCCGUGUCGCCCCCCGACUGGUGUAGGAAUCGCCCCCUCUCCUCCUCCUCGACAAGAAAUGAUAGAAUGGCCAUAAUUUUGCGGGAAUGCAAGGCCUCUCUGUAGUUUGCCAGAUGUUCUGCAAUUACUUUGAGCAGUAGCAUGAACAAGUUCGACUACAUCAUGAGCAAAACUGCAUUUUUAAGUGCCUUCUUGCACACGUGCAUCUGCAGCACCCACCCACUUGUGCUUUCAAAUUAUUUAUUCACACUUACUAGAAGCCCAUUCUCAAACCAAUGGAAAACUGAAGAAAGGCAAACUUUAAUUUUAGCUUGUUGGUCAUUAAGUUCAAACACAGAUUUUUAGGCGUUGGAUUUAUUUUUUAGUUAUUCUUGCUUAUUUUUUUUUAAUCCAUUUGCAAGAUCGGAAUUACUCAGCUUACCACUGGAGCCUGAUUUCUUCCUUCAGCAGUUUAUUAGGGGAAAGUGUGUUUUUGCAUCAGUUCUUACAUUUUUGGAUCCUUUAUGGCACGAGUGGUUCCAUCACAGUAACUCACAUGUCAUGCUCUGCACACAGGUACCUGUGAUGCUGCAGCCCCUCAGUUGUCUUCAUUUGGGUUCCCUCAAGUUCCAAAUAUGUUUGGAGGCCCGUGUGGCAGCUGGAAUUUUUGCAUGUAGCUGUGUGCUCUACUCUCGGGCACAAAGUCACCCAUUUAAUUAUACAAGCAGAAAAAAAAUGUGGUUUUCUGCUCUUUUACUGCCAUCAGAAUUAGGCCUUGUACCAGGUCUUAUUUCUUCCGUGUUGCUUUUCACCUGAUUAUUCACUGCUAAUGAUCGCUCUCUGUUUCAUAUAAAAAAUACCUGGAAUUCCAAGAAGCUUUGAUUAUCUCUGCAAGACAAGAGCAGAAUUAUAGGCAGUGGGAUGAGUGACUUAAUGGAGUAUUUUUCUGGUACAAAUGCUUGAAAAGAAAAAAAAAAAAAUCAGACAUGGCCCAGAGCAACAGCAGAAAGAGGGUAACAAAAUUCUGAAGCCUGUCUUCAGUGCCAUCAUGUGAGCCCACGUGGAACAUCGUGACUCUGUUUACCAGCUGGAGCGGGUGGCACGGUGUCAUUUAUCUCAAAAACUCUUGGGGAAAUACAUGUGAGAGGAGGAGUUUUGAAGCCCAUGGGUGAGUAGUGUGAGUCUGUAAAUCCGAAUUUUGAAGCAGAUAGGGGUGUUUGUUUCAGAGCCCAGCGGGUCGUCGUGCCGGGUGCGGGAACGGUGGGUGACGGAUCAGAAAUCCUGCGACGUGCAAAACAAAAAUCUUUGCUGCAGAGAUGAAAACUGCGCUAAUGCAGGUUUAAAAAAUGGCUGAAGAUGGCAGUGAUGAGAUUAUGUUUAUUUGGUGCGAGGACUGUGGGCAGUACCAUGAUUCAGAGUGUCCUGAACUGGGCCCAGUGGUGACAGUCAAAGACUCCUUUGUCUUGAGCAGGGCAAGGUCAUCUCUGCCUUCUAAUUUGGAGAUAAGACAACUGGAAGAUGGGACUGAAGGAGUGUUUGCUCUGACCCAGCUGGUGAAACGCACCCAGUUUGGCCCAUUUGAGUGCAAGAGAGUUCUCAAGGUGGAAAAAGAAUCAGUUUUUCCCCUGAAGGUGUUCCAGAAGGAUGGGCCCCUGGUGUAUUUUGACACCACAAACGAGGACGAUUGCAACUGGAUGAUGAUGGUGCGACCGGCCACCGAGUAUGAGCACCAAAACUUAACUGCCUUCCAGCAUGACAAUGACAUUUACUUCACCACCUGCCAGGAUAUCCCGCCAGGGACUGAGCUGCGAGUGUGGUAUGCAGCUUUUUACGCCAAAAAAAUGGAAAAGCCAGUGCUGAAGCAGGUCCCUAGUGUUGCCAAUGAUGUGUGCUUGGCAGUGAUGGAAUCUGAUAAAGAAGGGAAUAAGGUCUCUUCAAAACCUUCUGCUGUCUUACCCCAUAAAAAAACGAAGAAAUCCAGCAUAUCAGCAGCUGAUCCAGCAGUGAACACUCCGGAAGGCAGUGGAACAGCAGAAGCAAAGCCCAGCCAGUGGAUGUGUAAAGUGUGUUCAUCUGCUUUCCAGGAGCCUCAGCUGCUGACAGAGCACUUGCUGAGUCACCUGGAACAAGCCAAAGGUGCCCCCCAGCCCAGCCUGAAUGAUGCUGUGGCAGAGAAGGCAGCAGAGGCUCCCCCCACGGACCAGCCAGAGCCCAGUGAUGCAGCCAGUGCCAGCACAGACUCCAGGAGAAAGGCCAGGAGGGGGAGAAAGGCCAAAACACCAAAAGCAGAAGCACCUCUUGUCGUUGAGGAAGAGAAAGAUCCCGCAGUGGAACAUGUGGCUGACAUUGUAACUGAGCUCCCUCCAGAAGAGCUAGCCCUGCCUCCACCUGCAGAGGAGAGGAUUAUGGAUUUGGUUUUAGGAAAGAUGCCUAGCACCACAAAUAGCAUCAGUUCAGUGACAAAUAGGUUUGCUCAUCACCAAAACACCAUGUCCCUCAAAAGAAGUUUAAUUCUCUCUAGUAGACACAGGAUACGGCGGAAGCUGAUAAAGCAGCUUGGGGAGCACAAGCGGGUCUAUCAGUGCAGUAUCUGCAGUAAGAUCUUCCAGAACAGCAGCAACCUCAGCAGGCACAUCCGUUCUCAUGGUGACAAACUAUUUAAAUGUGAGGAAUGUGCAAAGCUGUUCAGCAGGAAGGAGAGCUUGAAGCAGCACGUUUCAUACAAGCACAGCAGAAACGAAGUUGACAGUGAGUACAGGUACAAAUGCACCACGUGUGAAAAGGCCUUUCGGGUAGAGAGUGCACUGGAAUUCCAUAACUGCAGGACAGAUGACAAGACUUUCCAGUGUGAGAUGUGUUUCAGAUUCUUUUCUACAAACAGCAACCUUUCAAAACACAAGAAGAAGCACGGGGAUAAGAAGUUUGCAUGUGAAAUCUGCAAUAAGAUGUUCUACAGGAGGGAUAUCAUGCUGGACCAUCAAAGAAGACACUUGGGAGGGGUGAGGCGUGUGAAAAGAGAAGACUUUGAGCACAGCACGGAGAACAUGGUUCGCUACAAGAAGGAGCCCUCGGGAUGCCCCGUGUGUGGGAAGGUAUUUUCAUGUAGGAGCAACAUGAACAAACACCUUCUAACACAUGGAGACAAGAAGUACACUUGUGAAAUCUGUGGACGUAAAUUUUUCAGGGUGGACGUCUUGAGAGAUCAUAUUCAUGUCCAUUUUAAGGACAUAGCCCUCAUGGAUGAUCACCAGAGAGAAGCAUUCAUUGGUAAAAUUGGAAUCUCAUCAGAGGAAAAUGAUGACAACUCUGAUGAAAGUGCAGAUUCUGAGCCUCACAAGUAUAGCUGCAAAAGGUGCCAGCUGACUUUUGGCAGAGGGAAGGAGUACCUGAAGCACAUCAUGGACGUGCACAAGGAGAAGGGCUACGGCUGCAGCAUCUGCAACCGGCGCUUCGCCCUGAAGGCGACGUACCACGCGCACAUGGUCAUCCACCGGGAGAACCUGCCUGACCCCAAGGUGCAGAAAUACAUCCACCCAUGUGAAAUCUGUGGAAGGAUUUUUAACAGUAUAGGAAAUCUGGAAAGACAUAAGCUUAUACAUACAGGUGUAAAAAGUCAUGCUUGUGAGCAAUGUGGCAAAUCAUUUGCUAGGAAAGACAUGUUAAAAGAACAUAUGCGAGUCCAUGAUAAUAUCCGAGAAUACUUGUGUGCAGAGUGUGGCAAAGGAAUGAAGACAAAACAUGCACUUCGUCACCACAUGAAACUUCACAAAGGGAUUAAGGAAUAUGAGUGCAAGGAAUGCCACCGAAAAUUUGCACAGAAGGUCAAUAUGCUGAAGCAUUACAAAAGACACACAGGAAUCAAAGAUUUCAUGUGUGAGCUCUGUGGGAAGACGUUUAGUGAGAGAAACACAAUGGAGACUCACAAGCUGAUUCAUACAGUAGGAAAACAGUGGACAUGUUCAGUGUGUGAUAAGAAGUAUGUCACUGAUUACAUGCUGCAGAAGCACAUCCAGCUCACUCAUGAUAAGGUGGAAGCCCAGAGCUGUCAACUGUGUGGGACAAAGGUUUCUACCAGAGCCUCCAUGAGUCGGCACAUGAGGCGUAAACAUCCAGAAAUCCUUUCAGUGAGGAUUGAUGAUUUAGAGCAGCUGCCAGAGACAACUACCAUUGAUGCCUCUUCGAUUGGGAUUGUUCAGCCGGAAUUAGCCUUGGAACAGGGCGAAUUACCAGAAGGGAAACAGCACAUAAAAGCUCCUAAACGUGGCCAGAAACGAAAACAAAAGUCGGGUGAGGAGGAGGAAGCUCAAGUGCCUGAGGACCCUGCCUUCAGUGAAUACACAGAGAAGGAAGGUGAAUUCACAGGGAAUGUUGGAGAUGAGACUAAUUCAGCCGUACAGAGCAUCCAGCAGGUGGUGGUGACCCUCGGCGACCCAAACGUCACGGCCCCUUCCAGCUCUGUGGGGCUCACAAACAUCACCGUCACCCCCAUCACAACAGCAGCUGGGACCCAGUUCACAAACCUCCAGCCAGUGGCCGUGGGCCACCUGACUGCCCCGGAGCGCCAGCUGCAGCUGGACAACUCCAUCCUCACCGUCACCUUCGACACCGUCAGCGGCUCCGCGAUGCUGCACAACCGCCAGAACGACGUCCAGAUCCAGCCCCAGCCAGAGGCGACCAACCCCCAGUCCGUGGCCCAUUUUAUAAACCUGACCACCCUGGUGAACUCCAUUGCUCCCCUGGGGAACCAGAUUUCGGAACAGCACCCCCUGACCUGGAGGUCAGUGCCUCAGACUGAUGUCCUGCAGCCCCAGGCGCCGGCGACGCAACAGCAGCCAGGGCAGCAGCCGGUUCAGACAGAGCAGCAGCAGCAGAUGUACAGCUACUAAUUUAUAACUUUGGGAAGUUUUGAAAUGGACUGUACUCAGAGACAAGAAAAAAAACAAAACAAAACAAAACAUUGGAAAAUUUCUAAUAGGAUUG